AUGGUCUCGUUUUUGAGGAGAUUCAAGCGUUCACAAAAGGUAGAUAAGAAUGAAUUUAUCAUAAAGAAUGGAAAAAUUUUACUCCAAAAGUUGAUUGCCUGUAGUAAUGGCAAACGUAAUCCUAUUUUUUCUUACUCUUGUCGAGAGCUCAGCAUAGCAACCAACCAUUAUGAUAGAAGACAAGUUAUUACAACUGGUGCAGGCUAUAGAUUGUAUAAGGGUUUUCUGCAUGAUCGCGCGAUUUCUGUUAUGAAUUUUGAAGACUUUGAUUAUGCCAAAGAGUUUUGUUUUAAUAAUAUUGUAUUUGCUUCACAAAUGUGUCACAAAAAUUUGUUAAGGUUGAGUGGAUGUUGUUUGGAUAAUCGAACUCCUAUUCUGGUUUUUGAAUUUGUCGAGUAUGGGACCCUUUCUGAUCAUAUUUACCAAUCCCAUUUUGAGCCAUUACAAUUAAGAGAUAGGUUAAAGAUUGCAAUGGAGAUAGCUAAUGCAAUUGCAUAUCUCCAUGUUGGAUUUGCUAGGCCCAUUCUUUUUAGAGAUAUCGAACCAUUGAAAAUUUUAUUUGAUGAAAACAAGGUUCCCAAAUUGUUUAAUUUUUCGCUAUGUGAGUCUAUCCCUGAAGAUGAAACUCAUAUAAGAGGUGAGUUGGCAGGGACAAUGGGAUUUGUUGCACCAGAGUAUAUUACUACAAAUGAUUGCAAUGAGAAGUGUAAUGUUUAUAGUUUUGGUGUAUCGCUACUUGUACUUUUGACUGGACAGAGAGUAUUUUAUCCUUCUGAAGAUCCUAAUGCUGGAGGUGAAGAUUUUUAUUUAUCGGAUCAUGUGAAGAAGUAUUUCGAAAAUGAUAGGCUUAUUGAGAUAGUAGAUCCAAUAAUUGUUGGAGAGGAACUGAGUCCUGUAAAAGAGCAGCAAUUAUAA